AUGGUGCCGAUGGUGCAGAAAGAGUUCCAACCCCUUUUGGACUACUUCGUCCACGGGAUGACCAUAUCCAUAUCCUGCCACAAAGGCAUACAAGAUGACAUCUGCUCCACCAUUGUCCCCAUGUCCUUGCGAGUGCCCCAUUUGUUAUCGGCCGUUCUUGCCUUGGCUGCUGCCCACCGACAAUCUUCCGGACUGGCCGAGGGAGAUUGUCAAUUUGAGCUGAUGAAGGGGAGAAGUCUGAAGCAGUUGAGAUCGGCCUUGACUCAAUUCAGUCCGACUGACAACGAUCAAAUUCUUGCCACAACCUUAAUACUGUGCAUGGCUGAAGUAAUAUCGCCUACUUCGGCCGUCUCGUCAUGGAGGUCGCACCUCUACGGUGCUGCCACACUAUCUUCGCAACACAGCACUUCCAGCGGCUGCAGUCAAUCGUCAACAUCAGCCUUUCUCAGAAGGAAGUUCCAAGCUUUACAAGCGAUCGCUCUGGCUUGCGGUGCCCAAAGCUACGACGGACACAUAUUAGAAGCGGCUACUGGUCAGUGUGAUGCUCAUAUUGAUGACCUUGCGGGUUAUUCUACGAACCUGUUCCCAAUUUUCCAAGAGAUCAACAACUUGGAGCGAACGCAGGACUUCCCUGACCCUGAGUUCGCCUGCGACUCACCUCCGGGACCGCCACAUUUUGACUGCACUUCACCUCUGGAGCAUAAAUCGCACUUGCUGUUCGAUCGGAUCAGAGCGUUAAUGGCACAAAGGAAGUUGCCGGAGUCGCAGAAUAACGGAGGUCUUCCUUGGGUCACCAGCCAUGAACUUUACUUGCUAGACGAAGCCUAUCACCAUAUGGCGCUUCUGCAAGUUUCUCGACGUGGGUCUUUAUCGGUUCCUCUGCAAGUAAUCAAGGACAGCAGACAAUCAAUUCUGGCUUGUCUUACUGCAAUUACAUAUCAAAGCGGCCCUUGUCCUGGGGUAGCCGCGUUACCUCCGCUAUUUGUGGCCGGUACUCUGUGCACAAAUCAAUCAGACAGAGACAUGGUCCGAGGCUUGCUGAAAGCCUUGUGGAUGAACUAUGGAAUGGGAAAUGUCAGGUCUUGCCAGACCGUCCUGCAACGCUGGUGGAAGUACCAAGAUGAAAAGUUGUCCAGGUCCACCCUGUCAGAGUUGCAUAGUCAGCAUGACGAACAGGAAGGCGCUUAUCUCUGCGAUGCAUCUGAUCUAGCUUGGGCAGCGGUUGACCAUGACAUCCUACCAUACUAA